AUGCCGCAACUAUCUCCUUACCAAUAUACUGGUCCAGUCGAUUGCACUAUUCCACCGAACUAUGAGGUCCUAAAAGGGAAAAGUGUCAUUAUUACUGGAGGGGCUAAUGGCAUGGGCGAGGAAACAGCCCGCGCUUUUGCAGCGGAAGGAGCCUACGUCACGAUAGCCGAUCUGAAUGAAGCCAGAGGAAAGCAGGUCGCAGAGGAACUUGGCCCGAACGCCCAGUUUCUGAAAUGCAACAUCACUUCCUGGGACGAACAAGUGACCAUGUUUGAGGCUGCGAUCAAGAAUUCCCCUCAUAAGAGUUGCGAUAUCGUCAUCGCAAAUGCGGGAAUCAGCAGGGCUUCUGGGGAUGACUUAUGGCCGUUGGAUGACCCCAAUGCUCCUCCAGUCAAACCGGAGCUCAAUAUCGUCAACGUGAAUCUGAUCGGAACCAUGUAUACUUGGAAGCUUGCGGUGCAUUACUUCAGGAAGCAGCCCGACACCGAGGAUCGAGAUCGGAGCUUCAUCAUUACUGGAAGCAUGGUCUCUUGGAUUGACUCUCCGGCAAAUUGGCAAUACACAAGCAGCAAGUACGGACUUCGAGGACUAAUGAGAACAGCCCGAAGAAAUUCACAUGAGCAGGGCAUUCGAAUCAACUAUGUGGCACCUUGCUACAUCAAAAGCGCCAUUCGCUCAGCCACCUAUGAGGCUCAAUUGAUGUCUAAAGGGGUGGAAUUUGCCCCUCAGAAAGAUGUGGCUACGUGCAUGAUGAAACUUGCAACAGACAGGACAAUCAAUGGCCAUUCUCUCAUGAUCGCUCCGAGGUCUGUUGCAAAGGAGGGCUACAUGGAUGUCGGUAUGGACGACCAUGUCAAGGAAGGAUAUUUCAAGCGUACGCAGGAAAUUCAGCUGGAUAUUAUCGAAGAUAAGUGGGAAGUUGGCUGGAGCAAGGGACGGACUCCAGAGGGUGCCAUAAAGUCGUAA